UCAACACUUUUUCUCCGGCAAAGUAAAGACGUACUAAAAAUCCUGAAUUCCCUCAUGCAAGUUACAAAAAAAAAAUGGAAAACGGAAACAAGAUUUAAAUUUCGUCAACAGAAAUUAUAAUUAAGCCUAAACAACGAAAAAAUAGGAUUAAAAAAAGAAAUGAAAAAGGAAAGGAACAAAAAGGGGAGGGGAGAAAAAAAAAUAUGAAGAGUAUUGAUGGGGAGGGAAAGCUAGCGUGCGCCACAGUGACCGUUAUCUAGACGGCGCCAAAUAUUCGCCUAUUUAUUUUUUUUUAUUUGUUUUUUAUUUUUUUGGCCUUAGUUCUCAAUAAAACGCAAACCCACUCCCAUUUCUGCCUUUCCAAAAAAGAACACACACACAGUCAGACACAGAGCCCCACCGGAUUUGUCUUGUCUCUCUGGUUUUCCGGUGAAUCCUGUCGGUCGGAGAAUCUCUAUCGCCGAUGACAAUGGAGAAAUGUUUCUCGCCGGUCGGCCUCCGUGUCCUGGUAGUGGACGACGACCCCACCUGGCUCAAGAUCCUCGAGAAGAUGCUGAAGAAGUGCUCGUAUGAAGUUACUACCUGUGGCUUGGCGAGAGAGGCUCUGAAGCUACUCCGGGAGCGUAAGGACGGGUACGAUAUCGUGAUCAGCGAUGUGAACAUGCCGGACAUGGAUGGGUUCAAGCUUCUUGAGCAUGUCGGGCUCGAGAUGGAUCUUCCUGUUAUAAUGAUGUCGGUGGAUGGAGAGACAAGCCGGGUGAUGAAGGGCGUUCAGCACGGAGCCUGUGACUACCUACUGAAACCGAUAAGGAUGAAGGAGCUGAAGAUCAUAUGGCAACAUGUCCUCAGAAAGAAGCUCCAAGAAUUCAGAGACGUCGAAGGGUAUGAAGGAGCCGAGAGUAUUUGGAUCUCCAGGCAUGGCCUUGAUCAAUCGGAAGAUGCCCAUUUUCUCGGUGGGGAGGAAGUUUCUUUCGGAAGGAAAAGGAAGGACACGGAGAAGAAGCAGCAUCAAGAUGACAGGGACCUGACCGAUCCAUCUUCCACGAAGAAAGCAAGAGUGGUUUGGACAUUUGAGCUUCACCAGAAGUUUGUGCACGCUGUGAAUCAGAUCGGAUGUGAUCACAAAGCCGGUCCGAAGAAAAUUCUGGACCUUAUGAAUGUUCCGUGGCUCACCAGAGAAAAUGUUGCAAGCCACCUGCAGAAAUACAGGCUUUACCUUAGCAGAUUAGAGAAGGAGAAGGGGCAGAAGAAUAUGGAUUCACCCCCUAAAGAUGCAGAAGUAUGUCCAAGCCACCAGAGCCCGAGAAAAAUACAGCCUGCAGAAGUUCAGAAUAGUAGCUACACGUUCUCUGGAGGUAGCCCGGGAGUUCAGACACCAAACCCGAGCGCUACAGAUGUUGAUCAGAAGGGGAUUGCUUCAACCGCAGUGUCUGAAACCAAAAUAAGCAAUAUCCUCAGUCCACAAAAGGCCAAAAAGCCACGUACAGGAUACGAUCCUUCCCUUGCACCAUUUGCAUCAGAAGCUAGUCCAAGUGUGAUGAACUCUUCACUUCCCCAACAGUAUUCUUGGAACGAUGUUCCACAAUUUCUUGAAUCGAAGCCAAUUUCCCUUGGAGGCAGCUUUCUUCCGCAACCAUUGACUGGUCAAAGUUAUUAUGCGGAGAAUCCUGUGCCAUGUCUCAUUGAAACAGAAGUCAAGCCUCCGUUCGAGAUUCCAGUCAGCAGUUGCCUGAACCGAGUAGCUCCUGUGAACGGGGAUGACUUCCUUCUGCAACAAGACAAGAACUCUACAAUGGGCCUUCAUGACUUGUCUGCUCCAUCUUCCAUCUCUGGUACAAUGCUGCAGGAAUCCAAUUGCAGUAUACCAUGUAAUACAGAGUCAAUCCUGAGAAACCUAAACUGGGAUUUCCCAGAACCGCACCCAGCAGCAUCACUGGACAGAGACCUAGGCUUGUUUUGGCUUCAAGGUGACCGCUUUCUCGAGAAUUCUGGAUUGCAAAAUACAGAAUUUACAGACUACAAUGACCCAUCAUUCCUUGCUGCGUACCCACUUCACAUGUAUGAUGCCACGAGGUUUGACAAUGAGCUUCUUCUUCUCCCUGACCAAGAUGAGUACUCCCUUGUAGACCAAGGGCUAUUCAUAGUUUGACCUCACUCCCUUUACUUGUUUAGCUGUAUUGAUGGGGAAUUCAGCCUUAUAAACAAUUUUAAACCAUACCCGAAAUGUGUUGCUUUAUAUGGAAGACACUGCAAUUGCAUGCAGGUUUUUCAGGUUAACACCUGCAAAUAAUCUUUGCUUCUCCAAGAACCACCUUCCGCUGUCACAUGCAUGACAGUACAAUAACUCUGUCAUGCUCCUCUAUGUCUCUCCCACUACCUGGCUGUCUAGUCUUCUUCCCUGCAAAUCCAUGGCGGAAUCAAGUUCAGAAAUGAGGUGAGACAGCUUGAGAAGCAUGUCCACAAUUGUUUCCAUUCGGCCUGAACCAUCAACCUGACUUACACAUUACAACCAGGCUCUCGUACAAGAGCGAGGAAAGACAAGAACAAUGAUCACUUGACAUUGAUGUCCAAGAUCUUUCCGGAGAGUUCUAGCCUUUGGUGCUGGAGAUGACCAUCCAUGGCUGCUCGAGUAUGCAAAUGGGUAACUCCUCCAAAAUCUGCUGCACAGUUCGUGCCGUUGGGAAUCUGUCCCAUAAUCCUAUGAACAAAGUAUAUGAGACCAACAGACCAAAAACUGCGCAAAUUUGACAGAGAUGAUUCACGGCAGACAGAUUCAAACCCAGAAACCGAAAUGAAAUCGGGAGCGCAUAGAAAAAGGUUUGUCUGGGUUAUGCUCUUCUCUCUCUGCAAAUGGCCGAGGUUGUCCAAAAAAUCCAUUUCUGUUUUCUGCAACAAUAGAAACAGAAUUCUGAAAUUCUGCAACACGCAACACUUUUAUUUACACAUUAGCACUCAUACAAACUGCUCGGUUUCUUCCAAAUAGGAUUACAGAACACAAAAGUCUGCAAUGAGUUACUCAAUUUUUUCUUACAGAAUGUAUAAACCACCAAACCAAGUAACUGUAAUCUGCAGUUACACGAACGGUCGCAUAAAAUUAAGAAGCAACAGUAACUGAAACAUCAACCAAUGUUUUCUGACAUAAACUCCAACUAAUCUUAAUAUACGACACCAACUUCACUUGCCACUUGAGACAGAGCCAACAGAGAUUGUCUCCGUUGUCCCUCACCGCAGCCGCCACGCAACUCUGGCUGCCUCCGCCAUUAUGAGUCCGGAAAGCGGGAGAGAGGAAGACAAUCACCCAAUCCAGGAACUGCUUGCGACAUUUUCAUCCGAGCGAAUGCUCCUGAGAAUCGAUCAGAAUUCACAGAAAACUAGAAGUGGAAGGGGAUGGAAGCGAAGAAGGUUCACUGUUAAAUUGAAGGAAGAGAAUGAAGAUGUGUUUCUAAGAACAUUCUGGAAAGACAAAACAUCUUUUGCGAUUGCACAAUCAUAAAUGGCUACGAUGUUGUAAUGAAAGCGAAAGAUAUGUCGAUCAAAUUCGUAGGAGAUUUGGCGCGUUUAAUAAUCCUCAACCAUGGGAUUAGGAUUGUAUCUUUUUUGUCUUAAUUCUUUCGUAAUAAAUGAAGCCAAAUAAGGUAAAAAUCAAUCACACACGCUCAUGCUCAUGAGUUUCAUCUUUUGGUCUUUGUUGUCGUUUAGCUCAUGCUCGUGUUUGUUGUGAUUUGAUCUUCAAUAUUCAUAUAUAUAUAUAUAUAUAUAUAUACAUAUAUGUAUAUGAACUCCAAAGUGAAUCAUCGAUAUGAUUCAUUUAUGUAGUAUGUCCAAUACUCAUUAGACCGCAAACAUAUUAUUCAGAUGGUAGUUUCCCAAAUAUGAUAAUCGUGAUAAUAAAA